UACGUUCAGAGAGCGAAAUUAAUAUGUGAGAAGGGAAGGAAACGGCAGUCUAGCAGCAACAAACCAAAGGUAAAGAGCUUACUGUCCUUUGUGUUUGUUGUUGUUUUCAGCUUUACUUCACUUCUUGGCUCAUCCUGAAGGAAGAUGGAUUCGAAAGACGUCAAGCAAGACGCGUCAUGCUGCAGCCCAGUUUGUGUGCACAACCCACACCUGGAUGCACUGAAAGAUGAUGUCUUGUACCACUUCAGUCUUGGAACAGGAACUCACGACCUACCAGCUAUGUUUGGUGAUGUCAAAUUUGUGUGUGUUGGAGGCAGUCCCUGGAGAAUGAAAUCAUUCAUUGAGUAUAUAGCUGCUGAGCUCAGUAUGGAAGAUCCCAAGGCAGAGUACCCAAAUAUCUGUGCUGGAACAGAUCGCUAUGCCAUGUACAAAGUUGGCCCUGUGCUCUCUGUCAGCCAUGGAAUGGGAAUCCCAUCUAUUGCUAUAAUGUUGCAUGAGCUGAUAAAGCUUCUCCAUCAUGCACACUGUACGGAUGUGACAAUUAUACGCAUUGGGACAUCAGGUGGAAUAGGGCUUGAGCCUGGCACAGUUGUUGUCACCAAACAGUCUGUGGAUGCCACUUUCCUGCCCAAGUUUGAGCAGGUGAUCCUGGGGAAGACGGUGGUGCGCAAUACUGAUCUGGACCAAAGCCUGGCUGAGGAGCUGUUGCAGUGCAGCAAAGAGCUGAGCCAGUUUGAGACAGUGCUAGGCAACACCAUGUGUACACUGGAUUUCUACGAAGGGCAAGCUCGUUUGGAUGGUGCGUUCUGCUCCUACACUGAGAACGAUAAACAGGACUACCUCAAUAAAGCCAAGGAAGCAAGAGUCUGCAAUAUUGAAAUGGAGUCAUCAGUUUUUGCUGCGAUGUGCAAGCUGAGUGGUCUACGAGCGGCUGUGGUUUGUGUGACGUUACUGGACCGGCUGAAGGGGGAUCAGCUGAGCAGCUCUCAUGAAGUCCUUCACAGUUACCAACAACGUCCUCAGAUACUGGUUGGCUCCUACAUUAAGAAGCAGCUGAAGGCCAAAGCAGCUCAUAAAUAAAACACCGCUAUGCAAGCAUACGCCAAAUCCUGGGUAUAUCUUCUUUUGACACUGAAAACAUGAUGCAAUGCAAUUACUAAGCUUUAAACUCUAUUUUUAUACAUGCAUUCCUACUCCCCACCUUUACUGUCUCCAGAGUAACCACUGUAGCUUGAAACAAUGCACUGCCAUCUAUUUAUCCUUUGAUUGAUUUAACCAUAAUAAUACAGUGUCACAGACCGAGAUUCACUUGUUUUCUUUUGUAUUUGACCAUUUAACUGAACUUUUAAUGUGAUAAAGUUGUGGUCGUCCAAUAUGUCUUACUUAAGGCUGCCUCUGUGUUACACAACAUAUAAAGUUCCCUAUCUGUAAAACUUGAACCAGAAUAACCUUAACUGUCAUUAUUGAAAUGUUAUGUUUGUCAUCAGUGCUAACAAAUGACUCUGACAUUGCUAAAUUUGUGUCCCAGUGAUAGUAUUGGUUGUUGCAAAAUAUGUAUAUGGGUUUUUUAAUGCAGAAUGUACAUUACAUAAUUUUUUUUUUUUUAGACCUCUGUUUGUAGAGAUUUCGUUCACAACCGAAAAACUGUAACAAAUUUUCACUCAUCUUGAGAGAAAGGAAUUCCACUGGAUGUCUUACUUCUAAUAAAGCCUCAUACAGUCUGAAAA